UCCAUUUCAUUGGUUUUUGGUGAGCUCACCUUUUCCAGAUCUGCUGUCUCAACAGCAUCAAGCACAGAAGAAAGUCUUCAUAAAACGAAGAGGUAUUUUGCACCUUUUUAAAAUGAGAGUGUUUGUUGCUCUUGUUUUGGCCGUGUGUGUGUGCAGUGGAGCUCUGGGAGUGUGGAUUAGGGCUGGAGACAGACGCUUACCACUGGAGGCCUGUGAAGCAGCUCAAAAAAAUCGUAGCUUAGAUGACAAUGUUGGUCGUCACCUUGACACAAACACUGUGAGAGCUGUGUGUGCCAACCCUCUUCUGCCGCAGGUGUUUCGGCCAGUGUGCCAAAGGGAUGAAGCCGGAGCUGUUUCUCAAUUUCUAGUGGCUACUGAUAUGAAUGAGUGUGAGAUAUGUGCCAACCCCGCCUGCACUGGAUGUAUGUAUUGAGGCUGCUUUCGACUACACACAACCUCUUCCACUGAGAGCCUCUGGGGCAUCAUCCUCCACUGUUCUUCCACAUUUUUUCUGCUUUGGUUGAUACAAUCUUUUGUUAGUAAGGCUACAGAUCUUUUAAAAUUUUUAAAUUCCUUAAGGCAAUUUGUUAAUAAUAAUAAAAAAUUUUCUCCUUGGGAUUCCUAAAAAAAUUUAAUUGAAUUAUUUAUAGACACAACCAUGCAUACACACAAAUGAAGACUGAAGAUUCAAAGCCACUGAACUGGGGGAAAAUAAAAUCUAAUGAAAGCAAUACUAACGUGAGUGAGGUAUGAAAAGGGUCUCAUUCAGAAAUGUUCUGUUUGUCAGACAAAUAAAAUAGUCCACAUAACAAAAACUGAUAAUCUGCUCUUAAUGUAAUGCUCCAAAUAAACAAUCUUUUUUGUUUCUGGCGUGCUGCCAGUGACUAAUUUUGCCAGGAUCUAUUAUGUACCUGAUAUGACACAAUGAAAAUAUUACCAGAGGUGCAGCUAAUUUAUGUAACAGCAGCAGGGAAUGUGCAUCGCUGGACUUCGGGCAUCAAUAUGCACGACCUGAUUUGUGAAAUGUGCUCCGACCCCGGUGUUUUGCAGCUAUCACAGCUGUCAUACAUGCUCUCAUCAGUCAUUAGAGAAAGUAAAGCUGCUCUGUUGUCUGGACAGGUUUUCAGUUGAAUCCACUGAUCUAUAAACCCUCCAAUAAUGAGUCUAAUGGAUCACUUUAAUGGGCUGCACUAAUGACAAUGACCAGCCUUAACAGUUACUGCAUGUCUGUAUGCUUCCACUGAUGUCUCACUACCAUGUGUGCUUUAGAAGUAGAAAUAAAGAUGAAUCCUGCAAUGACAUCACCUGCAAUUUACA